UAACCCCAAAACAUGCGAGCAGUUUUAUUCUUCAUGCUCCAAACACCAUAACAUCACACCUCAGGCGACUGGGAUAAGCUGCAACAGCAGUGAUCAGAUGGAUAAAACACUAACAGUCAGAUUUCAUUUUAAAUAACAUUAAGCUAAGUUUUUUCAGCUCCGCUUCUGCUCCAGGUUUUAUAUUCACUCAUCUGACCAAUCUCCUCAGCAGCCGGUGUGUUGAUGCUCCAGACUGCAGGCUUCUGGCUCCUCUGAGCAUUAGCAUGUAGCUCCUCUGCAGGGUUUGGAGUGGCUCCUUGUUUUUAUGGUUCUUAAAUGUGAGUGGUAUUUUUUCUGCUGCGCUACAGUCAUCAAACUGGAGCAGGAGGCUUCCUGCUGAUGGGCAGCUCUGUCUCCUGAUCCUCUCACUGCUCUGAAUUAUUUACAUGAUACACGAAUGCGACACAAGAUCAGCCUGAGCUCUGACCUUUCUCUAAAAAACUAUUAUAUGGAACGUUCCACUUUUUAUUGUCAUGAAUCUGAGCUGGAGUGUCGUGGAUAUUUAUGUCUUGCUGUAAUUAUGUCUGCAGUCUUUAGGGCUGGGAGCUGUCAGGGCUGCAGCAGAAGGCAGAGUCAAACACAGUUGCUAUGCAGCAAGUUGACCUAUGUCUGUACCAACCGUUCUUAUCUAUUUUCUACCAUACAGAGAAUACACACUGUGGCUGAAGCUGCAGUAGCAGCACUGACAAGAACAUCUAAUUGAUACAGAAAAUGUGAUCUAGAAACUUUUGCCACAGGUGAGGUCAUGAUUCAGCAAUUAGAAAGAGAUGAAGGAUUGAGGGGUGACUCAUACCAUCAUUCAAACAUGGUGGAGGCAUUGUGAUGGUCUGGGGCUUUUCUGCUUCUUCAGGAACACUCGCAGUAAUUGAUUCAAACCCUUCAGGUCCUUAAAUGGGUCGUUUGUGCUAGAAAACCUUCUGAUGUAUUUCAGUUAAAACAAUGAUGUAAAGCAGAGUUGCUGCAUGAGUGUUACAACAGGUUAGUCCAGGUGUGUUUGGGUUGCUUUUCCUACUCACCAAAGAUAAAUACAGUUUGAAAACUGCAUGUUGGGUUUACUCAGAUGAUCUUUGUCUGAGGGUGACCUUCGUUUGAUGGUCUGAAACAUUUAAAGCAACACUAAAGGGUCUUUAAGCUAUUGCUUUCAAACUGGUCUCAGCCGUUCUUGAGCCAUAAACCAUAAAAUAGCUGUUUACUGUGCUGGUAGCUCAUAUAAAGGCUAGCAGUGAGCUUUUUCAGUUUGCUACCGUCAAUAAAAAAAAAGCACAAGAAGAAGGCGGAAUAUGCCUGGAAGUAAAACUGUUAGAAUAAUGUUUUGAGAAGUGAAGGAAAAAGCUAAAAAAUCGAGCAAGAACUUGCCUCUUUUUGCCCAUCAGCCAAGGCCAACAUUAGAAACCUGGGAGUUAUUUUUGAUCCAGCUUUAAGUUUAGACUCACACGUCAAAACCAUCUCCCGCUCUUGUUUCUUUCAACUGAGAAACAUUUCAAAAGUCUGUAAACUGGUUUCUACUGCAGAUCUGGAAAAAAUAAUCCAUGCCUUUGUGUCAUCACGCUUAGACUACUGUAACGCUCUUUUUACUGGUCUCAGCAAAACCUCCCUCUCACGCCUUCAAGCCAUCCAAAAUGCAGCAGCCAGACUCCUAACCAAAUCCAGCAGACGAGCUCACAUCACUCCAGUUUUACAGUCCCUCCACUGGCUCCCGGUAGAAUAUAGAAUUCAGUUUAAAGUUUUAGUCCUGACCUAUAGAGCUCUUAACAACCAGGCUCCAAGCUACCUAUCUGAGCUUUUGUCCCCACACAUCACCUCUCGGAACCUUAGAUCCACAUCUGAAAACCUCCUGGCUGUUCCUCGAACCAGACUGAAAACCAAAGGGGACAGGGCCUUUCAGACUAUUGCACCCAGACUUUGGAACAGUAUACCUUCAAAUCUCCGUCUCUCUAAAGCCAGGCGUACACUGUGCGACUUUUCCACUCGUAGCACUCAGCUUCAGCUCAAACUGUACGACUUCCUCGCAGAGCAGAUCUCACGAGCCAGGCGCUCACACUGUACGAUCCAGUUCUCGGAUGCGACCUGACUGCUCACACUGUACGUCUGGUAGAAACUUAAUAAAACAAAAAUAUUCCAUCACAGAGGAAGAAAUAGAAAAUACAUAAUUUUUUUAAUAAAGGGCUUAAUUACCUCUAUCUGCUCAUAUCUCAAAGAAAAGCCCAAGUCUAGGUUGCGCGAAGUCGCUCCGUUCCUGGGCCAACUCUGGUGCAAAGCCUGCCCAGUUUCUGCUUACUUAACAGAGAGGGCUGUGAUUGGCCAAGCCUAAAAUUGUUUGGUCCUGUCGAGGAAUACAGUGGUGCUUGGAUAGACUGACCUGUUAAGCUAACUCCUUUACUACUACUAUGGUUUGUCUAGAUUUCUAGGCUACUUACAGUGUGGGAACACUCAAACAUCAUCAUGUCUUGUUUCUAAGUGUUUCAGACCUGCUCUGCUGCUUCUACAGGCUUUGGUUUGAUGUUGCUUUUAGGCACUGGUGCAUCCAAUUAGGUGUAAUCAUUUUAGUUUUUUUUUAUUUCUUUACUUUUUAUAUCUUAUAGCCAAUAAAAACUAAAAUUUCCAUCAAAUGACAUCAUCCAGUCAGAUCUGAAGUUAGCCCAGAUCUGUGCACUUACCCCUGAAUAAUGCCAUUUUUGCAACAUUAUUUUAAAAUCAGUAAUGAUUCAGUUAGCUGUGGUGCAGCCUCAUGUUCUUUGGCCGUGUGAUAACCCUACAUGCUGUUCUUCCUCUGCUGCCAUUGGCUGCUUGGUCAUUACAGGCCGACUCAGCCACACGUGUUUCACUCAUCAGCAGAUCACAUUUCACAUCUCAAUCCCCAAAAUGUACUUAUGUAUUCAAUAUGCUUUCAAUAAAGGACUACUUACGUGCAUGAGUGGUUUGAAAAGAGGAGACCAUUACAGUAGUUCUAUUCACCAUCACUGCUGUGUCUGCAGCUCGGUGUUUGCCAGUUUGCUUGUAACAGUACUUGUCUUUUGUAAACAGCAUGUAUUUGUCUUUGUGUGUGCUUGUGGUAUAUUUUAUUACGAGUGUAUUUGUGCACCUGCGCAUGCUGCAUUUUCUGCACUUGCUCCUUGCAUACAAUCGGUGCAGUUGUGUGCGUCUGUUUGAACUCCUGAGUCCAAUUCUGCCUCAUUCAAAUCAGUCGAUACCGCAAUUAGAAGCCGUCGUGGGGCUCCGGGGAAGAGCAGUCUGCAUGUUUCUUUGCUUUAUUUGCACUUUCAGUCUUUCUUUGUUUCAUACACAUCCAGCAAGAAGAGAACAGAACUUAUGAAAGCAAACAAUUAUUUGCAGUAGUUUUAAUGUGUUGAAUGAUAACGCAAAUUGUCAUUUUAAUUGACUUUGUAGCAGUCACACUUUAUAGCAUGACGACCACAAAUUAAUUGUGACCAAUAAGAUGUGAUAAUUCCAUAUAAAUGUGAAAUAUCAACCACAUUUUCUGGAACUGCCCUGUUCUGGGUGGCUGCAUGUUGGAGUAGCUCUGUUGACUAUAUGUAAGUUUAGCCUUUUUUUGGACAUUUUGUCUUCUAGUUUCUCAAGAAAAACGGUAUUUUUUGGACAUUUUACUUUUCUAUUUCUGGUGCUGUGAAGCUUGGAGGAUUUUUACUGCUAUUUUUUCACUUUUAUCACUUUUUGAGCAUUUGUUAUGAUGUGUAACCAUGGCAACAAGCUGGUUUACAAUCGGGAACAGCUGAUUAACAUUGGAAUGGCUGACAUAAUUCCUCAACUGAAGCCGCAAAUCCCAAAUGAGCUAAAACGCAAGAAGCGUGGGUGCAGAGCGGGAGCAAAACGGAGACAGAGAAAGAGGAAAUUUAAACCAUCUCUUCCAUCGAUCGUAAUGGGCAAUGUGAGAUCACUGGCCAACAAGAUGGAUGAACUCCAAGCCCUUUCAAGGACUCAGCCAGAGUAUCAGCAGUGCAGUGUAAUGUGUUUCACUGAGACGUGGCUGCAGGACCAUAUCCCCGAUUCCAACGUCUCUCUGCCAGGAUUCCUGACUGUACGAGCAGACAGAGAUCUGAAGAGGGGCAGGAAAAGAAAAGGAGGUGGAGUGGCAGUGCUUGUCAACAACAGAUGGUGCCAUCCAGGUCAUGUUUCAGUGAAAUGUCGUCUCUGCAGCCCAGAUUUUGAACUCCUGGCAGUAAGUUGUCGCCCAUAUUAUUUGCAAAGAGAGUUCACCAGUGUUGCCAUUGCUGAAAAUGCAUGUGAUGCCAUCAGUUCCGUUGUCACUAAGCUACAAACCCAGCACCCCAAUGCAUUUGUGGCUAUAUCUGGUGAUUUUAAUCAUGACUCACUCUCUGCUAUAAUUCUAACAUUUCAACAGUUUGUCAGCUGCUCCACCAGAGAAAACAAGACAUUGGAUUUGUGUUAUGCAAAUGUAAAGGAUGCAUACAUGUCCAAAACAAGACCUCCUCUGUGUCAGUCAGAUCACAACUUUGUUUUUCUCUGCUCAGAAUACAAACCACUUGUUCAGAGGCCACCUGUGACAAGAAGAACUGUGAGAAAAUGGUCACAGGACGCUGAAGAAGCCCUGCAGGGUUGUUUUGAGACCACAGAUUGGAUGACUCUCUUCCAAGGAUAUGAAGAUGACAACAAUGCCAUGACUGGAUGUGUCAUUGACUAUAUAAACUUCUGUGUGGUCAACAUCAUACCCACCAGAACAGUGAGAUGCUUCGCUAAUAACAAACCCUGGAUCACCAGUGAACUGAAAAAUCUGCUAAAUGAGAAAAAAAGUGCCUUCAAGGAGGGAGACAGAGAAUUACUGAGGAGUAUAGAGAAGCAACUGAAGAUCAAGAUCAGAGACAGCAAGGAGGCAUACAGGAAAAAGAUGGAGAACAAACUACAGAGGAACAAUAUCAGAGCUGUCUGGUCAGGGAUGAAGAAGAUCACAGGCUUCAAGCAGAGGAAGGAUUGCACAGAUGGCAGCCUGGACACAGCCAAUGAACUGAACAAGUUCUUCAAUAGGUUCAGUUCAGGAAGAGACCCAGCAUCCUCCUCGCCUGUCCCCAGCCAAUCAGACAUCCCAUCCUCCUCUGAUCCAACAUUUUCCUGUCACACGCCAGCUCUUUUGUCCUCUAACGCAGUCAUGGACUCUUCUGGUUCUAUAAAUCUGUCUUCAACCAAGUCAGGAGAUGCUGCUGCCCCAUUUACCUCCCCCUCCCACCUAUCUGUCUCUACAAGUCAGGUGAAGAGCCAGCUGGAGAGACUGAACAGGAACAAGGCUGCAGGUCCAGAUGGUGUUAGCCCCAGAGUACUGAAGGCCUGUGCAGAUUAG